GUUGAGCAAUUUGUAAAAAAUGACGGAGCAUCACAAUGUUAGAUAUUUUUAAAAUGUUUGGUCACGACUUACAUAACAAAUCUACGUUAUUGCAUUAAAAAGAUGAAUGGAUCCAAACGGGCUAAAAUUACGUCCAUUUUACAAAAUUUUCAAUCGUCAGAAAAGCUGUGUGACACGGUGUAGUGUUGAAAAAAAGCCCCUUGUUGAGCACUGGUCACAGACUGCGCUUCUCAAAGCACCUGAUGAUAAUCGUGGCCUAAAUUAGAACCAUUGAUGCUUAUGAAAAAGCGAUAAUCUUACUUUUUUCAGGGUUAGGGUUUUAAAAUGGUGUACUUAAAAGUUGAACGUUUUGAAGUGCGUUAUGCUAGGAGGUCCAAAGGCAGCAAGACGAAGUCGGCCCGCCUCGACACAUUUACGUAAAUUAUUGUAAUAAUUGCUUUUAUUUGUAUUGUCAAACAAGCUUAUGUUGGUCCCAUCUUGAAAAUUUUAAUGUCUAUUGAUAAUUACACAUUUGUAUUAGGCUUUUCCUGAACGAGAGGCGCAUAUGUGAGCAGGGGUACAUUUUCCAGCACAACACGGGAGCUCGCGCCUGUGCAGAACAAUCACAUUCGCGCUUAUCUGUCAGGUGGGCGUGUUUGUGCGCUGCCAUUGGACAAACGCGGUUCCUCUUCCCCUCUGGUUUCUGCUUUCUUUUCAUACGCCCAGCCUCCGAAUAAUGAUAAUAAUGAUCAAGAUGGCUACUUCAAAAUCCUCCUUACGGUAGCUAAACACACAUUUUAUGGAAGUACGCGAAACAGAGUAUUUCUGUUGAUUUUAAGACCCUCGUAGGUGGCGGGGCCAGUGCGAGGAAUUAUUCUAUAUGGAUUACGAGGCGUGAGAGGAGACAAAAGUCGAUGUUCUGCCUGCAGAACUCAUUCUGAGUAAGCUAACAGCAGCGCAGCGAGCUAGCUGUACUUGUCGACACUCUCCAGGUUAGCUUCCGAAGCAACUGCCGGUGUUCUUCCCGCCCAGCGUCAAAUGGCAGAGCCGAGGAAAGUGCCCUUCGUCACAAUCUCCUCAUUCAGCACCUCGCCGCCGAACCCGGAGCUUAGCAAGAAACGCCGCCGCGAAGAUGAGGCCGUCGACAUCUCUUUUGGGAAAGAUGGAGGUGGAUGUGGUGCGGCGGUCGGGUCAGAAGGUGGCGGAGGUCUUUUCGGUAACACGCAGGGAGGUGACGCCAACGCCGAGGAGGAGAAACCGACCGUCCGCCUCAGCCUGACGCUGAGCGAGCCGAACGAGCGAGGGUCCUCGGAGUUCAGCUACUGCGAGCUGCUCCAGACAACCACCCCCCAGGUUCCUCAGGUUAAGCUGGCUUGUCCCGCGGUACCUAAAGGCUUGGCUCCGCCUCUGGACCCCAGCGAUCCGUUUGCUGAUGAUGAGAAGGAGAGACGAGAGGUCGAGGCGCUGGCCAGGAAAUUUGAGAGCAAAUAUGGAGGCGGUCCAAAGAAGAAGAAAAAGGACCGGAUGCAGGACCUCAUCGACAUCGGCUACGGCUACGACGAGACCGACCCGUUCAUAGACAACUCGGAGGCCUACGAUGAGCUGGUUCCUGCAUCUCUCACCACCAAACACGGAGGCUUCUACAUCAACACGGGCACUCUGCAGUUCAGAGCUGCGUCCGACUCUGAGGGGGAGAACGGCGCCGCAGACGAUCAUCACUUCAAGAAGGUGAAAGACGGCGAGGAGCGAGUGAUCAAAAAACGAAGGAAAAAGCAAGAUGGUGGAAUUCUAGAAGACAAGAAACCCAGAAAGAAUAAAGUACCGAAGCCUGGAGUUUCGCCUCUAAAUGUUCAUCGACCAGAGAAGAAGAAGAGGAAGAAGCUGAUGAAGGACUCCCUGCACCUGGCCAACAUGCUGCGCCGCUUCACCAGGGAGAAGGAGGAGAUGCGUAAGAAGAACCUGGCUGUUGCUGGCGCUCCGCCUCGACUCAACGCCAAAGUGCCCAGCGCCAACAGCUCACUGAUCAACGCCCACCCCAAGGCCGCUGGAAACGAGUCCAACGUGGUGGACGUGACCACUGAUCAGGCCGUGCUGUCGCUGCUCAGCUCGGCCAAUAACGACGUGCUGCAGGACAUGAUGGGCGACCUGGACUUUGCGAUGCUGGACUCGCCUCAGCCUGCCAGUCCCGCCCAGGGGGAGAACAGCUCGUUUGGCGCGGGACAAAAAGCUGGCGGCGGGGGCCGCAUGUUGCAGGCUAACGUGAUGACCCCUCCCCCCCUGCCAAGUGGACUACCAGGCCCACUAACAAAACGCAUCGAAGACCUGCGAGCGGCGUCCCGGUCGUUUGACGAGGAGGGCAGGAAGAAGUUCUUCACGCUGGACAUGAACAACAUCCUGCUGGACAUCGAGCUGCAGGUGCAGGAGCAGCCGGCGCAGGUGCGUUCAGCGGUCUACUCUCACCUAGAGGCCUUUGUGCCCUGCAAUAAAGAGGCUCUGCUCAAACGCCUUAAGAAGCUCAGCCUCAACGUACAGGAUGACCGACUUCGAACACCCCUGCUGAAGCUGAAGCUAGCGGUGUGCAGCGUGAUGCCGGAGCAGAUCGCUCGCUACAACAUGGACUGCAUCGCCAAAGUGGCAAAGCAGCAGUCUGAGGAGGGAGACAAAAACGGGUCCGAAGACGAGGACGAGGAGAAACCAGGGAAGAGGGUAAUGGGGCCUCGGAAGAAGUUCAUCUGGGAUGACAAACUCAGGCUGCUGCUGUGUAACCUGGUGCAGGUGAAGCUGAGCUUUUACAAGCUGGAAGGCAAGAGCUCACUGUCUCUGGAGGACUACCUCAAAGCCUUCAUGGAGACCGAAGUGAAACCUCUGUGGCCGAAGGGCUGGAUGCAGGCCAGGAUGUUAUUCAAAGAGAGCACCAUGGUUCACGGUCAUCUAACAGGCUACACAGUGAAGAAGAAGAUGAUCCCGACACCAAAGGCCAAACCAAAGGAGGUGGCCUGGGUUCCACGGCCGGUGCCCUCAGCGGGUCUCACGCCGUCUCCUGCUGCUCAGGUUACCAAGCGGCCACCCUCACCGUCGGAGCCCAUAUGUCUGGACUCUCUGGACGACGCUCCCUCCCUCGACUCCAUCUCUCAGGCCUUGGCCAUCCUGGGCAACGCCGCCAAGGGGCUGGCCCAGGGAGACAGCCCCCCCUCCCCAGAAAAACCCAAAACCUCCACCCCCACCAUGCACGGCUCGCCUCUCCUCCAGCAGCAGAGGAAGAACUCCGUCGGCACUCCCGCCUCCAACACACCUCACUACAUUUCUACCUCUUUGUCCUCUUCCCCCGCUCUGUCCCGCUCCGCCCCCAGCACGUCCUCUCCUCUGACCUCAGUGCGGGCGGAGGUGAUGGGGGCUGUUAAGGGGGGGGUGCAGACACACAGACACCCUGUUCUGAACACCCAGAGACCUUUGAGUGUGGGUGUGGUAAAAACUAGCAUACCUGCCUCUGCUUCUUCACCUAAACCACGCCCCCCACCCACUGCGUCUCCUCUGAUGGCUCCAGGAUCAAAGAUGGGAACCUCCGCCUCCCCCUCUGUGCUCCUCAAAGGCAGCAAUAACAAAGCUAGCAGUGGCGACGCACUUGUCAUUACGUCACCUCAGACCCGACCGCACCCCCUCACGUCCACCUCCGUAGUCAUCCCUAAAACCUUCCCGACUUCCCGCCUGGCUCAGACCCCACAGAGCAAAGCGGUCCCCUCCCCUCAGACCCUGUCUGGUGUUCAGACCCAGCCCCAGUCGAACUUCAUCACCCCCAUGCACGCCACGCUCACCAAGUCCACCCACAGCAGCAUCCCUCCCAUCGUCAAACUCACUCCCCGAACACUCAACCCCAUCGUCGCCACCACCGCUGCCGCCUCGCCUUCCGCCUCACAGAGUCCUCGCUCCCAGGCAGCCACCCCCCUACACCAGUACACCCCCAAAACCCCCGCAGGCUACCGGCCGCCAUUCUCAGGGGGAGGAGCCACCAAGUCCGCCCAGAGCAGCUACACUCCUCCAAGCAGCCAGAAGACCCCCACCACCACCAGCCUUAUAAACACUUUACCCAUGAGCAAGCAUUCAGGAACCAGCGCCCCCCCGAACACAGCCUCUCCUGCCUCCGCAGGUCAGCGCCAGAGGCCCGGAGGGGGGUCACCUCAGGUGGCGAAGCCAGUCGUCUCUGUCCCGCUGUCACAGGUGUCCACGACCGGAAGCAGCAGUUUGUUGAGCUCCGCGCCGUCUCUUCCCCUGGGCUUCGGGAUGCUGGGAGGUCUGGUUUCCCUGCCGUUCCAGUUCCCCCCCAUGCUGAACCUGUCCCAGCUGGGCUCGGGAGGCUCCAGCCCAGCAACCAGCAGCUCAGCGGCCAGCAGCAGCGCGGCCUUCUCCACCCUGACGCAGAAUCUGUAUAAGAGUCUCCAGUCAGGGUCUCAGGUUGCUCUGCCUCCUCACUUGCAGCUCGCUUUCUCAGAUGUGAGUCAGAGCCAGGGAGGAGACGCCAAGAGAAAAACGCUAUGAUCCAGCUGGACUCUUCAGGGUGCAACGCGGGUUCGAUCGGCCGGUUCCGGAGUGGGCUACACCUCACCGAUCAGCUCACUCGACCACAUCAGAGCCCUUUUUUAAAAUCUAUUUUCUAUCUUCUUCAUGGAGUUCAAUAAAUACAAACGGCAUUUUCAAUGUUUACAAGCUAGACCUGAAUCACUGUGGAAAGGGAGGGAUCAACCUGGCCAGACGGUGCCUUCUGUACAUCUCCCGCUCUGAUGCAUCCACCUGGUGCUGUUUUCAAACUACCGUGUAAUUAUCACAGACUUCUGUAUGAAAUGUAAACUGCAAAUUGCUAAAUGAGCAUUUUUUUUAUAUGAAUACAUGUUUUUAUUGUACUUGUAUUGGAUGAAUUUGUUUCUGUAUAGAACCCCUGCCUUCUUUUAAUUAAACCCUUAAAGCCGGACGGA